AUGGCAGUACCUUCUUCUUGUGAUUGGACUCAUGAUGUCUUUCUAAGCUUUAGAGGCACUGAUACCCGAAACACUUUUACUGGUAAUCUCUACAAUUCUCUCCAACAAAGAGGUAUAAACACUUUCUUUGAUGAACACAAAAUUCAUAAAGGAGAUGAAAUCACACCUACUCUUCUCCAAGCCAUUGAACACUCCAGAAUUUUCAUUGCUGUUUUCUCCAAUGACUACGCAUCUUCAACUUUCUGUUUGACUGAACUUGUCACCAUUCUUGAGUCCGCCAAGUCACAUGAAAGGUUGUUUUUUCCUAUUUUUUAUGAUGUGGAUCCUUCCCAGAUCCGACACCUAACUGGAACUUAUGGUGAAGCUUUAGAAAGACACGAAAAGAGGUUUAGAAAUGACAAGGAUAAGGUGCAAAAAUGGAGGGAUGCUUUGCGUCAAGCUGCUAAUGUUUCCGGAUGCCAUUUCAAACCAGGGUCUGAAUCAGAAUAUAAGUUUAUUGGGAAGAUAGUUGAUGAGAUCUCUAUAAAAAUCAACCGUGUUCAUUUGCAUGUUGCAAGCAAACCUGUUGGGUUGGAGUCUCAAAUGUUAAAAGUUACAUCUCUCCUUGAAUCUAAUGAGAGAGUCAGCAUGGUAGGCAUUUAUGGAAUUGGCGGAAUAGGAAAAUCAACGCUUGCUCGUGCUGUGCAUAACUUGGUUGCUGAUCAAUUUGAAAGUGUGUGUUUUCUUGCUGACAUAAGACAGCAGGAAGCUCAUCAUGGUCUUGCCCACCUCCAAGAAACACUACUGUCUGAAAUACUCGGAGAGAAGGAUAUUAAAGUGGGAGAUGUUUAUAGAGGAAUGUCAAUAAUUAAAAGGAGGCUUCAAAGAAAAAAAGUCCUUUUGAUUCUUGAUAAUAUUGACAGAGAGAAGCAGUUACAGGUACUCGUAGGCGAACAUGAUUGGUUUGGCUUCGGCAGCAAGAUCAUAAUCACUUCAAGAGACAAGCAUUUGCUGGCCACUCAUGGGAUUGUGAAAGUGUAUGAGGUCCAACAGCUAAACAAAGAAAAGGCUCUUGAAUUAUUUAGUUGGCAUGCAUUUAAAAUUAAAAAAAUGAAUUCAAGUUAUGUGGAUACUGCAAAACGUGCAGUAUCUUAUUGUCAAGGUCUUCCCUUGGCUUUGGAGGUGAUAGGUUCUCAAUUGUUUGGAAAAAGUUUAGCUGUAUGGAAAUCCUCAUUAGAUAUGUAUGAAAAAGUCAUUCAUAAAGACAUCCAUGACAUUCUGAAAGUUAGCUAUGAUGAUUUGGAAGAAGAUAUAAAGGAUGAGCUUAUUGACAAAUCCCUCAUGAAAAUUGAUAACAAUGGUUGUGUGAGAAUGCAUGACUUGAUUCAAGACAUGGGCAGAAAAAUUGUGAGGCAGGAAUCAACAUUGGAGCCUGGACGUCGCAGUAGAUUAUGGUUUAGUGAUGACAUUGUUCAUGUUUUGGAAGAAAACAAGGGAACCGAUUCAAUAGAAGUCAUAAUCUGCUACUUGCACAAAUACAAAAAAGUGAAAUGGUGUGGAAAAGCCUUCGGCCAAAUGAAGAACUUGAAAAUCCUUAUAAUUAGAAGUGGACGAUUUUCCCAAAGUCCUCAAAUUCUUCCAAAUAGCUUGAAAGUGCUUGAUUGGAGUGGAUAUCAAUCAUCCUCUUUGCCAUCUGAUUUUAAUCCCAAGAAUCUUGCAAUACUUAACCUUCCUGAAAGUUGCCUUAAACAUUUUGUAUCAUUCAAGAGCUUUGAGAUGUUGAACUUUAUAGAUUUUGAAGGCUGCAAGUUCCUAACCGAGAUACCUAGUUUAUCUAGAGUGCCAAAUUUAGGGGCACUAUGUGUCGAUUAUUGCACAAAUUUAAUUAGAAUUCAUGACUCAGUUGGGUUUCUUGAGAGGCUUGUGUUAUUAAGUGCUCAAGGAUGCACUCAAUUAGAAUGUCUGGUUCCUUUCAUCAACUUGCCAUCUUUAGAGACUUUAGAUCUUAGAGGUUGCUCGUGUCUUGAAAGGUUCCCUGAAGUAGUUGCAGUAAUGGAGAAUAUAAAAGACAUUUAUUUAGAUCAGACUGCCAUAAAAGAAUUGCCUUUUACAUUUAGAAAACUUGUUGGACUGCAACGUUUGUUCUUGAGGGGAUGCCAUAGAAUGAUCCGGCUACCCAGCUAUAUAUCUGCCAAAUGUGAGAUAAUUACAGCUUAUGGUUGUAGAGGAUUUCGAUCAUUCGACGAUGAAGAAAAAGUAAGCCCAAAAGUGUUUGAAGAUGCCAUGCUUGUUCAUAAUGAAUAUGGAUGGUUUUACCUUGAUAUGUAUUCUUGUUACACAACCUCCAACGAUGUCAUUGAAGUAUGUAGGCCUCUGCGUGGUUAUGAAUUUGGGUUUUUAGAUAUGAGCCGAAAUCUUACGGUUAAAAAGAACAAAUCCUCUUUGUGGUUUUGGUUUAGAAAAAAAUUUCCCAGGAUAUGUCUAAUGUGUUCUGUAAAAACUGAUAAGCAUUUGGACAACAUGAUAUUCAUUUUCAAGUUGAAAGUACUCAUCAAUGGCACUGAACAAGUCACUUCCCAAUGGAAUGAGUGGAAUAAGGUGGAGAUUUUAUGUGAGUUGAAAACUCUCACGCCAUGUGAUUUGGAAAGGGUGAUGGCCUAUCAGAUUGGGACCACUACGAGUACUGCAACUUGGGAUUUCAAGUUAGAAAACAGGGGAUGA